AUAUCCGUUCCCACAUAGUCGCCAUUUUAUGUCGCUGUUCUUUUGUUUGUGAGAGACAAGCGGCGUAACGAACUGUUAGCGUAGUUGUAGAUUUUAUUCACUGUAAUCGUUUAAUGUAAGCUGUUAACCUAAAGUGAUACAUUGUUAAAGUAACAUUUUAGUGUUGUGUACAGGAGCGCAAGCGAUAGUGUGUAACAGUUCUUGAACAACGAUGGACGACGAGCAGCCCAAGACUCUGUACGUUGGGAAUCUGUCACGUGAUGUAACUGAAGCUCUCAUCUUGCAGUUGUUUAGUCAGAUUGGGUCAUGCAAAAGCUGUAAAAUGAUUGUAGAUACCGCUGGUAAUGACCCAUACUGCUUUGUAGAGUUUUAUGAGCAUCGGCAUGCUGCUGCUGCAUUAGCUGCAAUGAAUGGGCGUAAAAUAAUGGGUAAGGAGGUUAAAGUGAACUGGGCAACAACACCAAGUAGCCAGAAAAAAGACACAAGUAAUCAUUUUCAUGUUUUUGUUGGGGAUCUUAGUCCUGAAAUAACCACAGAAGACAUCAAAGCAGCAUUUGCACCAUUUGGUAGAAUAUCUGAUGCUCGUGUGGUUAAAGACAUGACAACGGGAAAAUCGAAAGGUUAUGGAUUUGUGUCAUUUUUCAACAAAUGGGAUGCAGAAAAUGCCAUUCAACAGAUGGGUGGGCAGUGGUUGGGUGGAAGACAGAUCCGAACUAACUGGGCAACAAGAAAACCUCCAGCUCCUAAAACUACUUAUGAAAGAGGUAGUCAGGCUGGGCAGGAAAAUCAGACUUUCAAAGCAAAUACGAAGCAAUUGUCCUUCGAGGAUGUAGUAAACCAAUCAAGCCCCAGCAACUGUACUGUGUAUUGUGGAGGAGUGACGUCUGGUUUGACAGAACAAUUGAUGAGACAGACUUUCUCACCUUUUGGACAGAUAAUGGAGAUAAGAGUUUUCCCAGAUAAAGGAUAUUCCUUUGUUAGGUUCAAUUCGCAUGAAGGUGCUGCACAUGCAAUUGUCUCUGUCAAUGGGACUUCUGUUGAAGGACAUGUUGUGAAGUGUUACUGGGGUAAAGAGACUCCUGAUAUGAACCCCAUGCAGCAAGUUCAACAAAACAAAGUAGGCUUUGCACAGCCCUAUGGACAGUGGGGGCAGUGGUAUGGCAAUGCUCAGCAGAUUGGCCAGUAUGUACCCAAUGGAUGGCAGGUUCCUGCUUAUGGAAUGUAUGGACAAGCUUGGAAUCAGCAAGGAUUUAACUGAACAAUGCUUCAAGCUGAAUGAAAGCUGGAUUCUUCAAAGAAACCAUAAGCCAAUCAAUAGAAGUCAACACCGCCUAACUUCAAGUUUUCCAAUUUCACAAGUUACAUCUGUGUUGCCUGUCCCCUCUAAUGGAAUGAACGAUCUUCAGUGUCACGUGGAAUCAGAAGAAUUUUUGUUUGUAUGAUUUUUGCUUUAGCACAGCUCAGCACUGAACUCAGAAAGAGGAUGUCAAUUUCAGGGCCCUGUUCUACCGUUUUGGGAUUUAAUCAGUUUCAUUUUUAUGGUUCUUCAGUUUUAUUUUUAGUGGCUUCCCCACAACCCUUGCCCUUCCAUUUAUAAAGCCAAACUGUUAGCAUAGAUUAAUGCUAACUUAAGUCUUCAUCCCCAACUAAUUUGGGACAGAACCAAAUUCUUCAAGCCUGACCAGAUUAGACAGGGAGAGUAGGUGGGAUUAGCUCAAAUGUUGAGACACUGCCUUACUACUUAGUAUGGUUUAACACUGAGCUGAGAUGUUGUGUGUGUGUGUGUGUGUGUGUGUGUGCGCGCUUUUUUAUAAUUGAUAUGAGGGUUGUAAUGAGGGGGCAGAAGAAAAAAUGGAACACUGAAGUUUCAGGCCAGAGGAAUUUAAUGUAAAAAUUGAGAAAAUCAUGACUUCACACUGUAACUUUGUCAUUGUUAAAAGUAUUUGGGGAUAGAGUGAAUAGAUGAAGGGGUUCAGAUUGUCAAUACUUUUGUUUUGAAAAUGUUCGACAUUGUUUUAUUUUCUUAUUUGAGUACAUGUUUAAUAAAUUGCAGGGACUGCUGCCAUUUUUCCCUUAUUUUUUAUGGACAGAAAAUAUAUUGCACAGAUCUAUUUCAAAGUGGUUUUUUUUUUUUUUUUUUUUAUAAUUACACUUUAUGGUAAUAUUUUAAUUCUGCAUUCCAGGAUAUUUUUAAUUGAAUUUGAAAACAAACUGUAAGCUUGUAUUUAUUAUGACUGCAAUACUGCAUUUAAUGAACCUGGACUAUUGGCAAGAUUCUUAAUGGUCAUUAACAAAGUUUUUUGUUGUUUUUUU